CACUGCACAGGCUCAGGAUGGGGGUGAGAGCAGAGGGGUGAGGUGGAAGGCGAGGGAGGGGCGGAGGAAGUUGCUGCUACUGUAGCGGCGCGCGCAUGUAACACAGAGAGAGGGAGCAGCCAGCCUGUGCCAUCUUGUCGCCAGCCACUCGCAGACUCCCAGCAUGCACCACGGUGAGCUGUGCUGCCGGGUGCUUCAGUCUGGUGAUGCGACAGGAGCGGCGAGGGCCACAGACGGGCGGCUUGUAGCAGCUGAUGUGAGGCCAGCAUCCCACACCUCGCCCACCUACAGCAGCCGUGUGGGGCUGGCGCUGAUGUGGCGGCCAGUCUAGUGCCUGCAUGACAGCGACACACUGGUGGCACCACCAGACACUGUCAGCCUCAGGCCCACGUCCUCUUAACCGCAGUUUCUGGCAAGCUCGGGGGGAGGGGAGGGGUCAGCUUGCGCUUGUUGCCAGGUUGGUCUCCUCACUUUUCUAGCUUCGCGAGGUCGCCCAUCACGCUUGAGUCCUCACACACAAACACACACACACAGGUAUAGAUGCGUGACGCACGACCGGACAUCCUACCGCUGCCUGUAGUGUGACUGUCUCGUCCUGCUUUAGGAGAAGUGGACUCGGGUGAGGGAGGCUGACCUUUGAACUUACGGAGGAUCGUCACGUGACUGGUCCUACUUGUGGGGGAAAGUGACUUGCAGGAGGACGGGUGUGAUGGGAUAGUGUCAGGCAGAGUUUCACGCGCUCGCAAUACGCAGAGAGAAUCACAGUGUCACUAGGCUGUGAUUCGUCAGAGAGAGAGACUGUGUCAUGUGUGCGCGACACGUCACAGCCAGGACCAGGUAGCGAGUGAGACAGUGUCAACGCCGCCUGGUGUGGUCGGUGAUAUCAAGAGUGAGGAGCGACAGAGAAAACAUUUGAGUCUUCAAUCGAUCUGUGACUGUGUGUACCGGGUACCGGGUAGCGGGCACCUAACUCUUCGCUCAUCCCUUGCACCCCAGCCUCGUUUUUCCUCCCCAGCUGGGAGGGAGUGGUCCUGGCCUCGCUGCCGACUGCGCGUUUUUAGCCGGCAGCCCGAGGACGAGAGCUUACACAGACCCGCGUGCGAGCGAAACUGUUUGCUACAAACUGCCGCCAACAGCUUGUCGUCGAUGACAGUUCAAGGGGGACGACGACGAAGGCCACAACGAUAGCAACAGCAGCAAAAGCAGCAACUAACGCGUGAAGCUGUAGUUUGGAUGAAGGUGGGCCGCUCUGCUGUGAAUGCUAUUUUCAUCACUUUCACCUCCUGGCUUUGCGAUCACAAGUGAAACAUAUCCUGCACAACAUGGACGCCACCAGAAGUGACGUCACACCGGUGCCAGCCUCGGAGGGAGACAAGAAGGAGAACGGAGAGCACGCGAUAGCGGGGUGGAUAGAGCACACCACCAUCCACCCCAAGGAGGUGGAGGAGCGGGUGUCGUUCUGGAAGCUGUUUGUGGACAACUACGUGUACGUGCUGACGUACUGCUUCACGUUCGGCAGUUUCGGGGUGUGCGUGGGCUUCCUGGGGCCAACCGUCUUCGACCUGGGCUGCCAGACGUACGCCGACCAGCGCGAGAUGAACUGGGUCUUCUUCGUGCAGCUCAUCAUGACCCUGGUGGGCUCCAUCUCCGCCGGGUGCCUGGCGCACAAACUACCCAACCACAGUCUGAUGAUGGCCUCGGGUAUCUGCAUCUCGCUCUCCAUGUUUGUCAUCCCAGCAUGCACCAACCUCGCCUCUCUCAUCGUCGUCCUCGUCAUCAUGGGGUGGUGCAUGGGCUGCCUGGACUGUGUGGCCAACCUGCGCAUGAUCCUGCUCUUCGGUAAACACGUGUCUCCAUUCCUACAGGCAAUGCACUGUUUCUACGGCCUUGGCGCUUUCGUCAGCCCUAUGAUCGCCUCCGCCUUCUUGUUAAACAAGGAUUGCUCCCCUUACAUUGACGGCUUCACAAUCGAGUCGCCACUAGGGGCACAACAGCCACAACAACAUCAGACAGCCACCACCAACGCCUCCAACAUUGCCAUCGUACACAUCGCUCCCCAGCCGCAACGAGUGUUCCGGUACCGACAAAUGAGCCACGUGCCCAUGGCCUUCUACAUCCUCGGCACCCUACAGUUGAGCGUGGCUUUCCUUGUCGCUUACGUCAUCUUCAUGGAGAAAUUCAGGGGACUUAAGCCAAAGGGUGUAUCGUACGGCGAAGUCCACCACCCACACGUGGCCUCCCAGACACAGAACUGUGAAGACAAGUCGUGUGAGCAGUGGCUACAGAGGAAGUACCCGGCCAACAGCUCACGACGUUAUACUCUCUGUCUCUCUCUCUGUCUCUCUCUCGCCUCAGGUCUGUCAGUGGACAGCGUGGUGACGUUAUACUCUCUGUCUCUCUCUCUGUCUCUCUCUCGCCUCAGGUCUGUCAGUGGACAGUGUGGUAGGGUGGGUCAAAGACCUGAUCUACUCGUGCGGACCCGAGAGACGGCAAUGGUGACCCUGUUUACCUGUGUCUGCCUCUUCCUGUUUGAUGGGCUUCAGUCGUCGUAUGCUAACUACAUCUAUACCUACGCCCACGAGUCGCAGCUGCCGGGGUUGAAGAAGUACGAGGGGGCGGUGCUGGACGCUUGCUUCUGGGGCCUCUUCGCCUCGGGCCGGAUGAUUGCUGUGCCCCUUGCUGCCCGACUGACCGCCGCCUUCAUGCUCCUCGUCAACGUGAUCGGCUGCUCGGUGGCGCUCCUCAUCACACUCAUUUUCCGCUGGAGUCACGUGGUCAUCUACAUGGGCACGUGCAGCGUGGGGCUCUUUGUGUCCAGCAUGUCGCCCACAGUCAUGUCCAUGUGUGAGCAGUACAUCGACAUCAACCACUCCAUCACCACCUGCCUGGUGGUCGUGGCGGCGCUGGGGGAGGCUUUGUGUCCAAUCAUCGUGGGCAACCUGGUGGUCAGUCUCGGUCCAACCAGCUUUCUCGCCUUCUGCCUGACCUUUAGCCUUGUGUCCAUCCUCGUCUACUGGGCGCUACUCAUGGCCGGCCGCCAGACUCCCAAGUACAAAGCCAGCAAGUCCGACUCCUUCAUGUGGUUGUCGAGCAAGCACAUCAUCCUAGAAGGGGAGAGCACUCUCAUCCGGCCCAGCAGCGUCAAGUACUACAGCCGCAUGGAGGAGAGCGACAGCAACCCCGACCUGACGUCUGGCGACGACUUUCGACUGCAGUCCAACGUCAUCCGUGACGUCAGAACUUUAACGGCGCAAGACGGCUCGUGAGGUUUACGUCACUAGCCACGUGGUCUGCACGAGCUGUUGAACUACGUUUGUACGAGUUACCGCCCUUUCCGUUUGGAAUGGCGGCCUCAUGUUUAUUACGGGGGCUGGGGAUCCCAUUAGUGGCAACGUCAGCCAAACUGAUUUUAUUUUAAAGGAGAGUUACUGUGAGAAGAUGCCAUGGUGUUAGAGCUUUUUUCUAGUGACUUCCGCCUGUGAUUACAGUAAUUAGGGAGGGACAACCACUCACAUCAGGUGACCCCAGGUAGACAGUAGACAGGUCACCACAGGUCACUGUGCAUACAAACACACGCGGGGUCAACUAAGGUUGUGCGAGGAGGUUGUUGGUGUAUUUCUUGCUAUAUCGCGGUGUGUGUGGGGUUACGUUUCACAGUAGUGCUGACGUAAUGUGUUUGUGUUGUGUGACAAGCAGUUAGUGUGACGUAGCCAAGCUCCACAAUGUAGUCCCUGGGCGCAAGUAUGUGACUUUCACAAAGUAGUCCGGCACUCACUUCAGUCGCGCCUUUCUACAGCACUAGUUCAACUCAGUUUUUACGGGCACAAGUUGACAUAUUUCAGGACGACUACUCGUCUACUCCCCAACCCCUCCGACAUCUGUAGACAAAAACGUAGACAGAAAUGGUGUCCAGCCGAGGCGGACAUGUUGGAUUGUCAGCUUUUUCCUACACAGCGAAAAGGAUAACUUGCGGCCGAGGGAUCCUGUCUUUAGCAUUUGCUUGUCUGUUGUUGUUAUACACUAGCUAAACUGCUAGUGACGUAUUUAAUAUAGACUCCUAGAGUAUACUUUGUCACUCUGCUCAACGUCACGUGAUCAAAUAUGGCGCGCACUACGCCGAAGGUGUGUAUUCGUUUGUUGAUUGUUUGUUUGUGCACAAAAGGCUGUUUUUCUUCUUGAUGUACAUUUCAGAAAAUGCUUUAUUUCAGUCAGAAAGAGAUUCCAACUCUUCAUAUCACUCUCUACUCAAUGAAAACAAUAUUUGCAAUCAUGUUCAACAGCGAAGCAAGGUGGGAUUGCUAUGUUUGUGGGUGUGAUGUCACACUGUGUUGCUUAGGUGCACAGACAGACGUCACGGUGCGUUCACUGACUUGUCACGCUGCAGUGGCCACUGGUCACUGGUCACGUGUGAGCAAUGUUUAUGCCAGACGGUUAUUUGUCAUCCUAACCUUAACCCGUCGGCCUUUGAUCGUAUCAUAUCUCUCUUUUUCGCCUUUCUCUCUCUCUCUCUGUCGUCUGCCGGCUCUAGUGUCACUUUAACAACUUCUCUCGACAGCCAGCUGUAGGACUGGAUGGUAACGAUGGUCUGUCGUCUGCUGGCUCUCAAACAGAGGUCACUGGGUGUUCUGUCGUCUAACCUUCUGUGGGUCACAGGUGACGUCACAGGUUGUGUGGACGAGCUGCUACAGUGUCCUGUACAAUAGUUUGACUACAGUAGACAACAGGUUUGACUACAGUGGACAAUGGUACAACAGGUUAGACUACAGUAGACAAUGGUACAAUAGACUACAGUAGACAAUGGCACAAUAGACUACAGUAGACAAUGGCACAAUAGACUACAGUAGACCCUGG